AUGAGUUUUCGGUCCAAGCUACAAUUAGAACUGCUGGCCGAACACGUGCGUAGUGUCCGAAGUCGAAAACGUAUCACGACUGUAAACGCUUCGGCAGCGAACUUGGGCACGCUACUCCUGAUCGCAAACCUCACAAUUGGCUGUAACGUGUUUCCGACCGAAAACACUUCGAAAAAACAUGUUGAAUGCGAAAAUUGCUGCCAGAUUUCGCUGUUUACGACCAAAAACCUGAUUUUUCACCUUUUUAGCUCCAAAACUCGAUCAAAAACUCAUUUUUAUGAAAAACACGAAGAACAAACCCCCAAUAGUUUUUCAAAAAAUAUCAAAAAACGUAAAAUCUUUCAAGAAAAAUGCAAAAACGCUCCAGAUCUUGCCAAAGAGAUUGAUACAAUCCAAGCUCUGAUACCAACUUCGGAGGAGGAGCCGCCUGAGAAACAUUCCACAAAGCGAACUUCGCCUGCUGCACCUCCCAUUCCUUCAAUUCCAGCAUCAAUGGCCGACUUCACUUCAGGAACUGAAAUCGAUAUCACGAAGCACCAACACAGUUCAAGUCGAAAGGUUCUUAUUGGGCUCAUCACAGUUUUGUCUGUGAUGGCAAUCAUCAUAGUGUCUCUUAUGUGUUUGUGGAUAUGCCACAGAAAGAAUAUACACAAAUCACGCAAAAUCGGUACCACAAAAUUAGAUUCGUUGAGAGGGCUUCCAUUGAGUUCAUUCGUUAGCAGAACUAACAGUGUUUUCAAAACCAAAAUCGAAAAGGGAUCGGUGGUUGUUAUGGAUUAUAACGUGUUAGAAUCAGCAACAAAUAACUUCGGUGAAAGCGAGAUAUUAGGUGUAGGUGGAUUUGGAUGCGUGUAUAAUGCUCGACUCGAUGAUAAUUUGCAUGUAGCAGUUAAAAGAUUAGAUGGUAUUAGUCAAGACGCCAUUAAAGAAUUCCAGGAAUCAGAAUUGAUUUUCGAUUUGAAUUGUCAAACCAUAGAAAGUCAAAACUGGGACCGCCAUCUUAAUCAGAUUCAUGCUAAGGGUAUUUUGGGUAAGAUUCCUGGUACGUCCCCUGUUCAUGAAACAUCUCAUGUUACGAUUCUUAUUCCUAUGAAGAUUUUGAAGCAUUCUGGUAGUGGUAAUGAUAAAGUAAUGAAUGAGGGUUCAAUGAUGAUGUGA